AUAAACGUGCCGCGUCUAGCACCGUUCAGUCGACAGCUACAUGCACGAGUGGGUGUCGCGACAAACGAGUACCAAGUGAACGGUCCGAGAAGGUGCGUCGGGAAAGUGAACCAAUCUCUCUUGACAGAGCCAAUCUCUCUUGAUGCUGCUGCUGAGAAGCUUUCUCUCUUCGCGCUCGUACGCCGUCUAUCCUCUUGCUUAAAACAAAACAAAAAAACCAAGCACGCGUUAGUCAACUGCCAAAGAGACUCUUAGACGGCGAUGGCGCAGCUGAAAGUGGCCAUUAUCGGUCAGAGUCCGUUUGCGGCGGAGGUUUACAAACUGAUCAAGCAGAACGGUCACCAGGUCACUGGAGUCUUCACGAUCCCUGACAAAGGAAGCCGCGAGGAUCCUUUAGCGAUCACGGCGAAGGCGGACGACACGCCGGUGUUCAAGAUCAAGUCCUGGAGGAGCAAGGGUGCAACCCUGCCGGAGGUGUUGGAUCUGUACAGAAGCAUCGAGGUGGAUUUGAAUGUGUUGCCGUUUUGCAGUCAAUACAUCCCCAUGGAGGUGAUCAAUCACCCCCGUUACAAAACUAUAUGCUACCAUCCCUCUAUUCUACCCAGGCACCGUGGAGCCAGCGCUAUAAAUUGGACUCUGAUGGAGGGAGACAGCACAGCAGGCUUCUCGAUAUUCUGGGCGGACGAUGGUCUGGACACUGGGCCAAUUCUGCUGCAGAAAUCCUGCAACGUGGAGGUCAAUGACACCGUGGAUACUUUGUAUAACAACUUCCUGUAUCCCGAGGGGAUCAAGGCAAUGGGGGAAGCAGUGGAUCUUGUGGCGAAGGAGAUCGCGCCGAUGGUUCCUCAGACGGAGGAAGGUGCCACCUAUGAUCCAAUGUUGAACAAGAAGGAUCUUCAGAAAAUAGAUUGGUCUAAGUCAGCGAAGGACGUUCACAAUUUCGUCCGCGGCCUGGACAGUACUCCCGGCGCUUGGACAACGAUUAACGGAGAAGAGGUCCGUCUGUUUGGGUCCACUUUGUGGAUCAGUGAACAGCUGCCUAAAGAACAGUCCCAAGUAAACGUGGAGGACCGAUUGGGGCUGCUCCACGAAGGAGGGUUGCUGAUCAACACCGUCGAUGGGAAAUUCGUGAACGUGGAAAGGAUCAAAAUUGGAACCAGAACGAUUCCAGCCAGCAAGUUCGGUCAGCAAAGCGAGGAGACCGUGAUAGAGUUCACAGAGGAGGAGCUGAAGACUGCUGAGACGCUGAAACGAAUCUGGAAGGGUAUCCUGAACUUGGACGUUGAGAAUGAUACCGACUUCUUCGCCUGUGGUGCUGGGAGCAUGGACGUGGUUAGACUGGUGGAAGAAGUGAAGGACAACUUGGGAGUGACCUUGCAGAACAUUGAAGUCUUCAUGGCUCCAGUGUUCAGCCAGUUCGCAGCAACGGUGGUCCUAGCUGCGCGAGGCACGUCCGCGACCAAGGACGUGAAAUACGACGCCGUUGAGGUUCAAGCGAACAACAGAAGCCUGAAGUUCCCCAAGCAACUGUUCAUCGACGGCCAGUUCGUGAACGGACAGGGGAGGGCCAUCGACACCAUUAAUCCCCACGAUGAAAGCGUUAUCUGUUCAGUUGAGUGUGGCUCGGUGGAGGACGUGGACAAAGCGGUGAAAGCUGCCAAGCGGGCGUUCGAGGAGGGCGAAUGGAGCAAGAUUAGCGCUAGAGAGCGAGGAGCUCUCCUCUUCAAACUAGCAGACCUGAUGGAAGAGCACAAGGAAGAGCUGGCUACCAUAGAGUCCCUGGACUCUGGUGCAGUCUACACUCUAGCUCUGAAGACCCACAUAGGGAUGUCCAUUGAAACAUGGAGGUACUUUGCUGGCUGGUGCGACAAGAUCCAAGGCUCCACCAUACCCAUAACUCAUGCUAGGCCGAAUCGCAAUCUGACGUUCACCCGUAAGGAACCAAUUGGUGUUUGUGGCCUGGUCACACCCUGGAACUAUCCUCUGAUGAUGCUCUCUUGGAAAAUGGCGGCCUGCUUGGCAGCGGGAAACACUGUAGUGAUGAAACCAGCCCAGGCUUCGCCCUUGACAGCUCUGAAAUUUGCUGAGCUCACGGUGAAGGCUGGCUUCCCUCCUGGCGUGGUGAACGUGGUACCAGGGAACGGCACGGUGACAGGAAACGCGAUCUGCGAGCAUCCUCUGGUCAGGAAACUCGGCUUCACCGGCUCCACGCAGAUUGGACAGUCCAUAAUGAGGUCCUGCGCGGACAGCAACCUGAAGAAAGUCUCGCUGGAGCUUGGAGGGAAGAGUCCUCUCGUCAUCUUUGAAGAUGCUGACAUCCAGCAAGCCGUCAGGGUGGGCAUGGGCAGCGUGUUCUUCAACAAAGGAGAGAACUGCAUCGCUGCUGGUCGUCUAUUCGUCGAGGAGACCAUACACGACGAGUUCUUGAAGAGAGUAGUCGCAGAGACUAAGAAGAUUUCUGUUGGCGACCCAUUGGACAGGAGUACGAGUCAUGGUCCACAGAAUCACAAGGCUCAUCUGAACAAGCUCCUCGAUUUUGUCCGGCGUGGUGUCAAGGAAGGAGCUACCUUGGUUUACGGUGGCAAGAGAGUGGACCGUCCAGGCUGGUACUUCGAGCCAACUAUAUUCACAGACGUCAAGGACGACAUGUACAUCGCUAAAGAAGAAUCCUUCGGACCAGUCAUGGUGAUCUCAAAAUUCAGCUCGAAGAACAUGGACGAGAUGAUCAGGAGAGCGAACGACACGGAGUACGGGCUAGCUUCCGGUGUCCUCACUAAGGACAUCAGCAGAGCUCUCCGAUUCGCUGAGAAAAUCGAAGCUGGAACGGUGUUCAUCAACACGUAUAACAAGACGGACGUCGCCGCGCCGUUCGGCGGCUUCAAGAUGUCCGGCUUCGGCAAAGACCUGGGACAGGAAGCUCUGAAUGAGUACUUGAAGACUAAGACCGUUACUAUAGAAUAUUAACCCUUUACGCGUUCAACGAGAUUAUUAUCUGUCGGCGACAUCUUUACUCGAGGUAUUUCAAGACCGUUCAAGUAACAUGCGUGUUAACUAUAAAUACUUUUUAUAAUUAGAACGUAAAGUAAGAUUACAAUUAACCCUCCGCUGGCAAUAUGGACCAAGGUCGAAAAUCUAAUUGCUCUGUGACUUCAUCAGGAUUGUUCUGUUGCAAAAUGACAUGAAAAGGCUAAAUCGUUUAUAUUAACGCGUUGACUGCAACGGUCACCGAUGACCGGAGCUUCUAAAUUGUUGAAGAACAAUUAUAAUAACACUUGAUUUUAAAUAAAAAUAUUUAAUAACAUAAGUAGCUAGAUCAUAACGUAAUACGAUUACUGUAAUAAUCAUUGAUUUUCAAUAUUAUUAGUUAUCAAAGAAUAAGUAUUACUAUUCGGAACGCUAGAAAUUCUCGUGGCAGUCAACGUGUUAAAUUAGAGACUAUCAGUACGUCAGAAUGUUUCCAGAUUUUCCAAAAACUAUAAACAAUCAAGCCUACGUAUAACAUAUUGCUGGCGGAGGGUUAAAUGAAACUCGCAAUACCAUUUGAAUGAUAACGGUGAAUUUGAAGUACCGUCUGACAGCAAAGGGUUAAGGUAACUUUAAACGUAUUGCUCAGCUGUGAAUUCUUAAGACUGUCGAGGUCCGUCACGAAUCGAUAUUCUGUACGAAAAUUUGUUAGCUUUGUGUAAGAUCUGAUUAAGUGGUUAAUCUGUGUACUAUUUAUACAAAUAAAUUGGACAUUUUUAUAUA